GGAGGAGGAGGAGGAGGAGGAGGGGGUCGGCGUAGGGAACGGGGCGCCAGGCGCGAGAGCCGCGGCCGCGGUGGUGCCGCCUUCGCCUCGGGGUAUGGCGGCGGCCUCACGUCACGCCGCGCCGCGUCACGAUGAGGGCGUUGGCUUCGGCGGGGCCGGGGCUGGAGCGGCGGCGGCAGCAGAGGAGGAGGAGGCGCGGGCGAGGAAGCGCUCGGCGGAGCAGAUCGCGCACGAGGACGCGACCGGGGACUGCAACCCGGACUCCAACACGCCGUUCGCCUCCGUCGAGGACGCCAUCAGCAGGUUGUUUCCGUACUAUGCGGAGGACCUGCCAGAAGGAGUGCAGUGGGAGGAGAGCCAGAAGGCCGAGGCGACCCGCAUGGCUGGGGAGCUCGAUGAGCUGGUGCAGAUGUUCAACGUCACCGUCCGGAACCUCGCCGCCUCCCGCGCCGAGGAGCGGCUCAUGAUGGAAAACCUCCGACUCGAUUACACGCGGCAGAAGGCGGAGUGCGUCCGCGACAUGGUCCAGCGGUGGCAACGCGCGCCUGAGCAUGAACGUGCAGAGAUGCAGAGGCAGCUCAUGCUGCAUCGGCAACGCCGCCGACGCGCGCCUGAGCAGCCAGCAGCGCUGCAAGGGCAACUCAUGCUGGAAGAGCAGCAAGUGGCGGCCAUGCAGCAGAUGCAGCGGCAGCAGCUGCAGCAAAAGAUGAUGCGGUCGCCGCCGCAGCAGAUGGUGGUGCAACAGCAACAUCCGCAACAGAUGCAGCAGCAGCUCAUGCUGGACGAGCAGCAAGUGGCGGGCAUGCAGCAGAUGCAGCGGCAACAGCUGCAGCAACAGAUGAUGCGGUCGCCGCCGCAGCAGAUGGUGAUGCAACAGCAACAGCGGCAACAGAUGCAGCAGCAGCAGAUGGUGGUGCAACAGCAACAGCAGCAGCAGCAGGAGGAGGUGGCGGAGUCGUCGCCGCACGCGCAUGGGCCGGCGAUCAUGCAGCAGCAGGGCCAGGGGCAAGUCGGUGGUGACGGCGGCGGCGGCGGCGGCACGCUUCCGUGGUCCGCUUACCUGGCGGCGGCAACAACUCUUAUGGACGCGUGGAUCAAUACGAACGGCGGCGGCGGCAGCGGCACGCUUCAUUUGUCCGCUUUCCUGGCGGCGGCAGAUACUCUUCUGGACGCGUGGGAGAACGGGGCCGGACCCGAAUCCUUCGACGCCCUCGUGGACGAGAUGCAGCAGCGGCUCUACCAGGCCACGCCGCCGACGGUUGCGGUGCCGGACAGCGGCGGCGGCACGCCUCCGUGGUCCGCUUACUUGGAGGCGGCGGAUGCUAUUCUGGACAUGUGGGACAGUUGGGUUGGACACCGAAUCCGUCGACGCCCGCUUGCACGAGCUGCUCCGGUAGAUCCGCGGUGAGUCGAGCCGGGCGCGGGAGGAGAGGGGGUAGGCGGACGGCGCGGCCGACGCGACGACGUGAUGACUGAUGACGCCGACGCAGUGGGAAGGAGCAGGGAGGGGUGGUGCAUUCCGACGACAUUGCUGGGGCUUCGAGAUUCGUGCGAGACUUCGAUCUGAGUAAGUAUGAUCGAUCAUGCGACUCUCCCGUCUUUGUUAAACUUGGAUUGGGAGAGCUGAGCACUUAGCACUUUAUUAGCAGCAUGCGAAUUUGUGAACCUGAUUCCUCAUUCUUCAAGUAACAACACCAAAGUUUGGUUUCUAAAA